UCCCAGCCCCCCGGACAUUCCACACUGACUAGCUCACAGCACAACCGCUGCCUGUGUGUCCUCCUCUCCUCGCCAUGCACCUUUGUAGUGCGCGCCCGGACCUUCGAAGCCUUCCACACGCCCGCCCUUGCGCCCCCCACAGACACCACACACCCGCAGCACCACCCCAUCGCGACACACCACUUUGGCUGGCUCGACGGCGUCGCCGUCGCCGCACAAGCGAAACUCCCCGGCGACGCCCUGGGCGCAGCCAGCCCGCGCGUGUCCGUCCUCCUCCGCGCGGAGAGCGACGACCCGUGGGCGUCGCACAUGCACACCGUCGAUCUGUACACGCUCGACCCACACCCUGCGUGUCCGUCUGCUGUGCCUGCGUGCGAUGGCGCACAUCACCAGAGCAGUCUGCCGACGCCCGGCGGCGGCGGCGGCGGAUCGGGCAGCCCCAGCGCAGACAGCCCCAGCGCAGACAGCCCCAGCGCAGACAGCCCGUCCCCGUACCCCUUCCCGCCCGCGCACGCCGCGUCCUUCCCGGGCGCGCGCGGCCACUUGCGCUGCACAGACAUGCACCUCGGGCGGCACGGCACCGCGCUCUGGAUCGCGCCGCGCGCAGCGCGCAGCACGAGCGUCGGGCUCGCCGGGCUCGACGCGCUGGUGCUGGCGGGCGUGCCGGGGGUGCGGCGCGAGCGCGAGCGCGUCGUCGGGGCGCUGUUGCCUGGGGUGCUAAGGGAUGGUCGGGGAGAAGACGGGGAGGAGGGGCGGGAGGAGGGAGGGGGAGGGCCGAGGACGCUGUGGAGCUCUGCAGGCGCGGGCGGGACGUGGACGUCGCUUGACUAUGACGAGGCGCGCGGCGUCGUGGUGCUAGGGGACAGCACGGGCGUCGUGACCGUGCUCAGACUCGCCUAGCCAGAACCGGACAGCUAGGGUAUGCCGCGCGAAAGUGCCAGUGCUUAUUUUGUUUUGUUUUGUUGACAAGCAAAAGACGUGUGUAUGUAUUUGUACAGUAAAAACAAAAAAAAAGAGUUCGACCAACAAAAAGCCCCCGAAAAGAACCAGACGACUGUCAGCGAGCGAGUACGAAAAAACUGUGAAACAAACGAGCGAGGACAAGUCCGGGCGCAGCAGAGAACCCACCCCACCCUACAGAAACUCGGUCGGGUCCCGCCACUCGGCGCCCGCACAGUCGUACCACUCGAGCCACUCGGUGACGUUGUGGCGCGUCCUGCUCUUGGGCCACUCCUCGACGGCGAGCGGCGUGCCGUUCGAUGCGCCGGGCGUGACGGUGUAGUAGGCGUCCUCGACGCGUGCGAGGCGCACCAUCGGGAAGCCGGCGCGCACGACCUCGGCGACGUCUUCGACCUGGAACUGGAACAGGCCGAUGAAGCGCAGGCCGGGUGGCAGGCCCGCGCGUAGUUGCUGUGGGCGCGGGCGGGCGGGCGGGCGGACGCAGGAGGAGGAGGAGGAGGAGCGCAGGGUACGGACGCAGGUUACGGACACGGGGACAGGGACAGCGGAGGGACAGAAGACGCGUCAGACGGCAGCUGCACGGGCGACAAGCACUCACCGAGACGAACGAGACGGGGUCCCCCGCCUGGAGCGAGUAGAGCGCGAGGGCGGUGACGCCGCGGGGGACGAGCCACAUGGCGACGGCGGCGGCGACGUCCUUGGGGAGGGUCGCGUGGAGGGCGCGGAGCCCGGUGAGGCCGGGGAGCACGCCCCACACCGUCGCGUCGUACCCGAGGCGGGAUGCCUCGUUUGCAAGCCACGUCAAGACGCUCCGGAUCUUUGUCCCCGGCCGGGACACGUUCCCGAUGACCUUCCAGACUGGCAUGUUGGCGAACGCGCUGCCAAAGAUGGCCAACCUGCGAAACAUCCACUGCAGCAUGCGAUGGAAAGACAUUUUUGCGUUCAUGCGGGUUCUCGAGGGUGCCCACCACCGGAUCUUUGGUCUCUCGCUCGUGUACGUCGUGCGCUCCUCUCUCUCUCUCUGAAAAAAGGGGGCCCCCCUCUGACCAGCGAAAGCGCCGCCAGACCCUCGGACGGCAUGGGCGAGCUCAAGUUCCCCAAGUUCAAGCACGUCACGCAGUUCUCGCUGUCCGCGAACGCGGGCAGCUCGACGCAGGCGUACGACUUCCUCGCCCAGAACCGGGGCGCGCUGCGGAGCAUCCACCUGCACAACCUGAACUGGCCGUUCCCGGCCGAGCAGCUCUCGCUGCGGAACCUGACGCACCUCGACUUCCUCGGCACCUUCGCGGCGGACUCGCUCGGGCUCGCCGCGAUCCUCGCGCACGGCACGCAGCUCGAGUCGCUCCGGCUGCAGUGCGUGCUCGAGUGCGCGACGGCGUCGGCCCAGUUCCGCGAGCACGCCUCCGCGCUGCCCUUCCUCCGCCACUUUGCCUUCGCCCUCCGCGGUUACCGCGUCAACGACUACGACCUCUUCCCUGCCCUCAGCGCCUUCCUCGCAGACCGCACACAGCUCCGCACCCUCCACCUCACCGUGCCCUCCGCAGACUGGGCACAGCGAGUGAUGAUGCGGGUCAGGAUGUCCGCGCUCUGCUGGGCGUGUUCUCUGUCUGUGUGGUGUGUGGGAAGCGAGCGAGCGGUGAGAACGCGCGCCGCCUCGAUAGAGCAAAGAGAGAGAGAGCGAACGGGGGCGCACCAAAGUGGAGGUCAAUCUGGCGGAACAGGAACUGGCUCGCGAUCCGGGACAGGACGUGGGGAAGCAGGAGGAGCGUCUUGA